AUGGCGGAUGAGAAUGAGACAGCACCGCUGCCGGAGAAAGAAGAUAUAGAGGACCACGGACACUGCAGCGACUGUGAAAAUGAGGAGCACCACUUCGACGAUGGGGACAGGGGUCUGGCUGACGAUAGUGGUGCCAAGAAGAAGAAGAGGAAGCAAAAGAAGAAGAAAAAGAGCGGAGCACCCACGGAAAUGUCAAAAGACCCCCUAGCCAAGGUGAAUUCGCUGCCUGCUGACAAGCUGCAGGAGAUUCAGAAAGCUAUCGAGCUCUUCUCCGUUGGCCAAGGCCCUGCCAAGACCAUGGAGGAGGCUAGUCGGAGAAGCUACCAGUUCUGGGAUACGCAGCCUGUGCCCAAACUGGGCGAGACUGUGACAUCGCACGGCUCCAUUGAGCCUGACAAGGACCACAUUCGUGAGGAGCCCUACAGCCUCCCGCAAGGCUUCUGUUGGGACACCCUGGACCUGGGCAACCCUGCCGUGCUCAAAGAGCUCUACACUCUGCUCAAUGAGAACUAUGUGGAAGAUGAUGACAACAUGUUUCGGUUUGACUACUCCCCCGAUUUCCUGCUCUGGGCCCUGCGGCCCCCAGGUUGGUUACCUCAGUGGCACUGCGGCGUGAGAGUGAACUCCAACCAGAAGCUGGUGGGCUUUAUCAGCGCCAUUCCCGCUACGAUCCGCAUCUAUGACAUUGAGAAGAAAAUGGUGGAGAUCAACUUUUUGUGUGUCCACAAGAAGCUCCGAGCCAAGCGAGUGGCCCCGGUUCUGAUCAGGGAGAUCACCAGACGCGUCAAUCUUCAAGGAAUCUUCCAGGCGGUGUACACGGCCGGAGUGGUCCUGCCUAAACCCGUUGGCACGUGCAGGUACUGGCAUCGCUCAUUGAACUCGCGCAAACUGAUCGAGGUGAAGUUCUCCCACCUGAGCAGGAACAUGACGAUGCAGCGCACUAUGAAGCUGUUCCGUUUGCCAGAGGCACCAAAGACGUCAGGUCUGCGGCCGAUGACCAAGAAGGAUGUGCCGGCCGUAUGCCGCCUCCUGCGGGAUUACCUAAGUCAGUUCAACCUGGUGCCCGCCAUGAACCAGGAGGAAGUUUCCCACUGGCUGCUGCCCCGUGACAAUAUCAUUGACACAUACCUGGUGGAGAACGAGGGCAAAGUGACGGACUUCCUGAGUUUCUACACUCUGCCGUCCACAAUCAUGAAUCACCCGGUGCACCGCACCCUCAAAGCCGCUUACUCCUUCUACAACGUUCACACCACCACCCCGUUGCUGGACCUCAUGUCCGACGCCCUCAUCCUGGCCAAAUCGAAAGGAUUUGAUGUCUUCAAUGCACUGGACCUCAUGGAAAACAAGACUUUCCUGGAAAAGCUCAAGUUCGGCAUCGGCGAUGGCAAUCUACAGUAUUACCUUUACAAUUGGAAGUGCCCCAGUAUGGGCUCGGAAAAGGUUGGCCUGGUCCUGCAGUGA